CUCUCCCUUCUUCCUUUCUUCUCCACAUACCCAACUGUGACGUCGUCCGAACUCUACCGUUCGCCUCUGGAGUUAGUCAACCCAAAAACCACCUUCUGUUCGCGGCGCCCCUUCGUUCGCAGCAAUUCCCUCCAACGGCGCUUGCCAUUUGCCUGCUUCUCAUCAUUAAGUAUUAAUCUCGGGGCCUGCGGGCCGACUCUUUCUCUACAUGGCGUAUUCUUGACGCUCGCUCAUUCUUCCUCGCGCUGGCACUUGCUGCGUUCUGUAUGCGGUAACAGCUGGCUCAAGCUAUAUCGGACUCUCAGGUAAAUUAAGUUCGCAUUGUACUGGUCCAGCCGGAACUCUCUCAUCCAGCUGUCGAAGCAUAGUCUCCUCCGCGCAUCAUGGACCUUCAGAAGCCGAAAAAGUCGCGACCAGACACCCAUGACCAGGAUGACAGUUCCGACUACCGGGUGAAUGGGUACGGGCCAGCAGGAGUUAUGGACAACGACGACACUGAUCCUCGACAAGAGCUUGAGCAUGAAGUCACUGUCAAAAUGGACACCAAGCGUGAUAUGUCCAAUCCUUCAAGCCUACAGCCCCUCGUGCAACCACCCAGGCUUAUGAAGCUCUCGCUCAGACGUCGGGUCUCACGCAUUACGGCUGCGCGAAUACCAAAAGGCAUCCCAUUGGACUCUCGUCAAAAGACGCGACUACGAUACGCCGAUAUGGUACCACCAGUCACCAAAGAAACACUCAGUGAGCUUGAUCUUGAACGCAUAAUGCAGAACAUACAACUUCGCGUGGACGCAAACUUCGAGUCUGGAUUACAUUUUUUGCUCGAUCUCAACGGAGAGAAGGGCAGGCAGAAGAAGAUCAUGACAGAUGAAUACUGGGAAGCCCUGUCGAUUGAGAUCAUGAUGUACACGUACAUUAACAUGAACCGUCCUCGUACGAGCGAGAUUGACAUGGUCCAUGUACCGGAUAUGAUGGCAUUGAUGAAGGACACCGAUCUCUUCCAACCGCGAUUGCCUAUCAUGUUCGAGACUCUGCACGGCAUCCUUAUGACCCUUGUGCCUGAAAAGGAUCAUCCCAGCGUUUCACAGAACCUUGACAUCUCGCACUUGAUGCAGCAGGUACACAAGGGUGUUCUCGACCUUGUCAGCCUCUCAAAGUGGCUUGCAGAGCUUUUGAAGAUGCAUUGCGCUCCUAUGAGGGACCAUCUCGCCGAUGAAAUGGCCGCGGAAAUCGGCAUGGGAUCAACGCAGGCGGAUGUAGGCAUGCUGGUUAGUGGGCUGCGAAAACUAUUCAGUAUGCUUGAGAUGAUGAAAUUGGAUGUUGCGAACCAUCAAUUAGGCGCAUUUCAAAUCAUCUUGAUCGAGAACACAAUUCCUUUCCUCCAUGACUACUUCUCGCGACGUAUCAUCUCACGCGAAUUCAAAGUUGACGAAACAAAAGCAUGGUAUCAAGGCCUGCAGCAACGAAUACCACAUUCACUGAAGGAAGGCGUGAAUCAAUCAUUCUAUCCAUUGUCAGUCUUACUGUACGGAUUGAGUGAGCAUAUCUUGCAGCCGGAUGAACAAGUGAAACUCCCUGAGCCCUUCGACUUCGAUACGGCCCGUCUGUGGCGACUUCGGUCUGAGGUUCAGAAAAUCAUCCAUGUGCAUGUUUGCUGGUCCAUACUCGAGUCGUUGCUUCAAAGUCUUGACUCGAAGCGCUCAUAUAGCUCUCAAAUGCAUGCGUCAUUCGUGAUGCGUGUAGCAGCGCUUUUGGAAAAGGACAAUGACUCAAAGUCAGAGCCUUCUAGUCUAGGAUCCCGUCUACCGAACGAUUCAUCUAUUGCAAUGGAAAUGGCGCGCACUAUAUGUGCUGUCAUCGGUCAAAUGGAUGAUGUAUCGGACGAUAUUCUGAAACAGGUUGAGGAUGCCAUUAGAAAGUCAUUCGCAGAUGACUCUACACAAUUGCAACUGGUUCGAAACUGUGUGCAUCGACAGUUAUUACAGGCUACCUGUGAAGUUGCGCAGCGAUAUGUCAACAUGACGCCGCUUGAAAUCUGCGAAUCGCAGCGACAACAUGCAUAUCUGCAAUCCUCGUCUUUGGAUUUCAGCUUCAUCGCAACAAAACUCGCUCACAUCGGGGUCUUGCACUGGCGAGUAUGGGCUCCUCUAGUUUACGUUUCACAACCGCCCAUUGUUUAUGAACUCAGUGCCGAGCCAUGAACAUCGUUAAUUCGUUGUCUUGUCUUGUUUUUACUUUUGUUUCUCCUUUUACCCUUUUUUACCUUUUUUUCCGUCGUCUGCUCUUAGCGCUAUCGUUAUGCAUCAUUGUCGGAUUGCGAAGGCGUUUCAGUGACUAUACUUACUCUUGAUUAUGCAUUUUACCGCGCUGGUUAGGUUUGGCGUUGAAUCAUCUCGGGAGAUUAGAGGACAAACAAGGUCGGUCUGCAAGGGCAGGGGAAUGGGAACAUAUUGAGCCGGAUUUUUUUUAUCAUGUAUAUUAUUACUUUUAGCGAAAGCACAUAUUCAUGACAUACAUCUUUAAUGCUGACCUCGAGAACUUGCUA